AUGGUCUAUGAGGAUUUCAAAGGCGAUGCCUCUGGCAAGGUUACUCACACCGUGGAACCUGUCCAGAUGGGCGACUCUUCAGCCUACAAGCGUCGCUUUCCCGCAUUCAAAUUGGUCGUGGACCAGGAGCCCAGCAGUUUUGCAACAAACCCGAAUGCAUCGAAUGCUGAUUUUGACCCUAUCCCGCCAUCUAAUCGCACUUGGACUNNUUGGAAAGCAUAUGUCGCAUACUGGAUGGCUGAUGCCUGGGCUGUACCGUCAUCCAUGAUCGCUGGUGGUUUGAGUUGGAGAAUGGCAAUCGGAGCAUGCGUCCUCGGAAACUUACUCAUGGGCCUGGUCAUCACGAUGAAUGGCAGGAUUGGAGCUCACCUUCACACUCCCUUCCCAAUCAUUGCGCGUGUGUCAUUCGGCUACUACUUCAGCUACUUCGUCGUUGUGUCGCGUUGCGCGCUUGCAAUCAUCUGGCUCGGAGUACAGACCGUCACAGGUGGCCAAUGUGUGGAGGUCCUGCUGACUGCCAUCUGGCCAAGUUAUGCAAGCAUUCCCAAUCAUAUCGCUGCCGGUCAAGGUAUCGACACCAAGGGGAUGUGUGCUUUCCUGCUUUACUUUUUGCUCCAGCUUCCCUUCCUCUGCAUUCCUUACACCAAGGUCCAGUACUUCUUUGGAUUCAAGUCUAUCAUCGCACCCAUCAUCUUCCUUGCUGUCUUUGGAAGCACUCUGCACAAGGCAGGAGGCACUGUCAGUACUAGUCCGGUCAUUACCCAAGGACCAACGGUCAAAGGUUCUCUCUUGGUCUGGGCAUUCUUCUCAAACCUCAACUCCGUUCUUGGAAACUACUCUACCCUUGGACUCAACAUUGCCGACUUUGCAAGAUAUGCAAACAAGAAGAGCGCACAAAACUGCCAGGCCUUUGUCAUUCCUUUCAUCUUCACUAUCGUCGGUCUGCUUGGUAUUUUCACCGCUGCUGCAUCUUCGGUGGCCUAUCCCGCCGAGGUCGCCAAAGAAGGAACUCCACUUUGGAACCCAGUCACCAUUGUCGGUCUUUGGAGUGCUUCUGGAUCUCAUGCAGGUCGUGCUGCAUCUGCCUUUGGUGCCAUCGGCUUGAUCAUCGUCACCCUUGGUAUCAACAUUUCUGCCAAUUCGAUCAGUGCUGCAAACGACCUUGUCUCUUUCUUCCCAAAGUACAUCAACAUUCGUCGCGGACAGAUUUUGGCUGCAAUCAUUGGUGCUUGGCUUUGUGUACCCUGGAAAAUCCUGGCUUCUGCGCAAAAGUUCCUGGCUUUCUUGAGUGGAUAUACCAUCUUCCUUGGCCCGAUGACCGCCAUCAUCAUGGUAGACUACUACGUUACUCGUCGUGGCAACGUCUCCGUACCAGACAUGUACAAAUUCGACGGCAUCUACCGCUACUCACCCAAAUUCGCGACUAAUUGGCGUGCCGUUGUUGCUUUGAUCGUUGGCUUUGCACCUCCGUUGCCUGGAUUUGUGGAUAGCAUUGAUCAAGGCAAGCUUGGCGUUUCUCUGGCUGGUCAACAUAUUUUUGCGAUUGGAUAUAUGUAUUCUUUUGUUGCUGCUGGGAUUUGCUAUUGGGCGUUGAUGCGAUUUGCACCUGAGCAGGAGAGUAGAAUGGAUUAUCAGGUUACUGGUGAAGAGAUAUUGAUUGCCAACGAUGAGAGAAAAGGCAGGACCUGGCAUAAGNNGGAAGAAAAAAAGGGCUUUUCUGUCAAAAGUUGGGUUGCUAGACGCACUGAUAGCGAUUCCAGUGUGGCUUGA